AUGACUGAUACAGCAAGUAAUCAUCAGGAUGGUGGUAUCAUUGAUACUCAAGAGCCCGAGAUGGAUCAUGGUUAUGACUAUGAUUUGAUUGUUAUCGGUGGAGGAUCGGGAGGCAUUGCCUGUGCCAAAGCUGCUCAACAGCUUGGAGCAAAGGUAGCCGUGUUUGAUUUUAUUAAACCUUCACCACAAGGAACUACUUGGGGAUUGGGUGGUACAUGCGUGAAUGUUGGAUGUAUUCCUAAAAAGCUUAUGCACACAGCUGCUCUCAUUGGAGAUAGAAUUGAAGACAGUGCAGCCUUUGGUUGGAAAUUGCCUGCCACUGGUCACGGCGUUGAAAGAAAACCAUUGCAUAGUUGGGAAACUCUUGUUGAAAAGGUGCAAGAACAUGUUCAUGGACUUAACUUUAAAUAUCGAACAGAUUUAAGAAAGAGAGGAAUUGCAUACCACAAUAUGUAUGCUACUUUUGUGGACGCUCAUACUGUGGUUGGAAAGAAGAAUGAUUCCGAUCCAGGUAAAACUUUCACAGCAAGACGAUUUGUUAUUGCUGUUGGUGGUCGUCCAUCAUAUCCAGAUAUUCCAGGUGCCAAAGAGUACUGCAUUUCUAGCGAUGAUAUUUUCAGCAUGCAAAAGGAACCUGGAAAGACACUUGUUGUUGGUGCGUCCUAUGUGGCUCUCGAAUGCGGAGGAUUUUUGCAUGGUAUUGGUUAUGACACGAGUAUUAUGGUUCGUUCGGUUCCUUUGCGAGGUUUUGACAGAGAAUGUGCAGAUAAGAUCGCCAACACAAUGAGCGACCAUGGCGUUAAAUUUUAUCAGCCAUGUGUACCACUUUCUGUGACCAAGCUUGAGAGCGGUAGAUUAGCCGUAGAGUACAUUAAUGUUGAAACAAAGGAAAAGAACACGGAGGAAUAUGAUACAGUUCUGUUUGCAACAGGAAGAUAUGCUCUUACUAAGGCUCUCAAUUUGGAAAGAGUUGGAGUUAAGGUAGACAAUGUCGGAAAGAUUUUGGUAAACAAAUACGAACAAUCAUCAGUGCCGCACAUUUAUGCAAUUGGAGAUGUGAUAUCUGGUGGAUUAGAAUUGACCCCUGUUGCCAUUAUGGCUGGAAAAUUACUUGCACAACGUCUCUUUAACUCGAGCAAAAAGGCAAUGGAUUAUGAAAAGGUCCCAACCACAGUUUUCACACCUGUAGAAUAUGGCUGUUGCGGUCUAACAGAGGAGGAAGCUGUUAAAAGAUAUGGUGACAAUCUUGUUAUUUACAAGAAAUCAUAUUACGUUUUGGAACAUGAACCACCAGCAAGAGAAGUGAAGGCUUUCGCUAAAUUAAUUUGCAACUCUCUUGAUAAUGAAAGAAUCUUGGGAUUCCACUAUGUAGGUCCAAAUGCUGGCGAGGUGACUCAAGGAUUUGCGGUCGCCAUCAAAAUGGGAGCUACCAAAGAAGAUUUUGAUGAAACUGUUGGAAUUCACCCAACUUGCGCUGAGACAAUCGUUAAACUGGAACUGGGAGUAACUGAAGACACAGGAUGCUGA